UGUGAACGAUGGAAGGAGCGUAUCUUUCAUUUGUUUUUCUCCAACCGUGUCUGAAUCAUCUUCCGCAUCUUUGCGGGUACGGCGCGUACUGUUCCGGAGUUUUUCCGUUGUUGGCUCCGAGCCGGGCGACCAAAGAAAAAAAAAUUUGAAUUUCACCAGACGUGCGUGUGUGUGCAGAGUGCAGAGUGCGAGCGGAAGGACGUGACCCGCUGCUCUCGGUAUCGUGGAACAUGUGCCAGUUGUCCGGUUACCAGGGACCGCAGUUGCAAUCUUCCGACAGGCGACGGCCAUCGAUUCUGGACUAUUGUUAAUUUGAUUGUUGUUAUUGUUGUUGUUCUAUUUACAUCGUUGGCGGACGGUGGAAGGUCAGCAGCAGAAUGUUGGUCCCACCGGAGAUGAUUGCGGUCCAGUCGAAGACCAUAUUCCAGAUUAACAAGUACUACGCGGAGAAGGUCCAGAUGCGGAUGGGGAACGUUGCCCGGGUGAUCCGGGAAAUUUGCAAAAUUGUCCAGGAGGUACUGCGCGAGGUGGAAGUGCAGGAACCCAGGUUUAUCUCUAGUCUCGUCGAGUGCAAUGGGAGAUUCGAAGGACUGGAGGUGAUCUCGCCUACCUUUUUCGAGGUGGUUCUAUAUCUCAACCAGAUGGGAGUUUUCAACUUCGUAGACGAUGGAUCGCUGCCGGGAGCUGCCGUUCUCAAGCUGAGCGACGGUCGCAAGCGGUCGAUGUCUCUGUGGGUGGAAUUUAUUACAGCUUCCGGUUAUCUGUCGGCUCGUAAAAUUCGUUCCCGAUUUCACACUCUAGUCGCGCAAGCAGUCGAGAAAUGUCCCUACCGGGAUAUGGUAAAACUCGUUCCGGAUACCACCGAGGUGAAGUUAAAAGUGCGGGAACGGUACAUCGUACAGAUUACUCCGGCCUUCAAGUGUACCGGCAUUUGGCCACGAUCGGCAGCUCAUUGGCCCAUUCCGCACAUACCGUGGCCCCAUCCGGCACUGGUGGCGGAGGUAAAAUCCGAAGGUUUCGAUCUUCUCUCCAAAGAAAGUGUGAUCCUGCAGGGCAAAAAUGCCAACAUUGAGGGAGACGCCUGGAUUCUGCAUUUCACCGAAGCGGAAAACCGUCUGUUGCAGGGCGGCUACCGGAAGCGUUGUCUCAGCAUUCUGAAAACGCUGUGUGACCGGCAUCUGGAUCUACCGGGAACCCCGAUCACCUACUACCACCUGAAGACACUGUUGUUGUACGAGUGCGAAAAACAUCCGCGGGAAGCCGAGUGGGACGCCAACUGUAUCGGCGAUCGUUUGAACGGGAUCUUUCUGCAGUUGAUUUCGUGCCUGCAGAACCGUCGCUGUCCGCACUAUUUUCUGCCCAGUUUGGAUCUGUUCAAGGGGAAAUCUCCGACGGCACUCGACAACGCCUCGAAGCACGUGUGGAAACUUUGCCGGGAUAUUUUGACCAGUAGCAAGGCGUUCGACCGGUUGUAGAAGCCGGUAGAGGAGAACAGUGGGUUUCCGAAUCAUGAUUGUCAUAUCGCAAAGCAAACAAAUGUAUACGAGGGACGGAGGGAGAUCAGUAGAUGAAUUUUUAGCUAAUAUUUAAGUGUUAUUGGAGAAGUUUUUUUUUUGAACGAAAAAAGUGUCUAGUGAUAGUGCAAGCGAAAUGAGUUCAACUUAUACUUUGCAAGAAAAAAAUAAUAAUAAGCGCACACUUAUAAACGUGUAGUAGGUGCAAUUAAUGGCAGUUAAUAUAUUGAGUUUGAAUUUUUUCUUUAUUAUAUUUGAUGUACUUUUAUUUAUAUGCAUAUACAGUUGUGUUAUUUUGCAAAACAGUGCAAGCUUGUUCAUGCGAAAGUGUAAUAAUAUACAGCAAAACUGCAAUAGCUUUUUUGGAAAGUGCAACUUUCUACAAUCAGUGUGAUAA